AUGAAACUUUUCAACGCAAUUGGUACUCUGGCUGCGGCCAUGAUGCUUCUACCAGCACAAACAAUGGCUGGCCAAUACAAGGGCUUUAGUAUGGGAGCCAACAAAGCCGACGGAGGUUGUAAGACACAAACAGAUUGGAGAAUAGAUUUUCAGACGAUUAAAGGAUGGGGGAAAGGAUUUAAUGCCGCACGCCUUUACGCCUCCAGCGAUUGCAAUACGAUCAUGAGGGCCGCCGCUGCCGCUAGAAGUACUGGCUUCAAGAUUUUGGUUGGAGUUUGGGCUACCGAUGAUGGUCAUUUCAACGCAGAGAAGCAAGCUCUUGAGGCUGCAAUCAGGACCCACGGAUGGGACUGGAUUGCUGCUGUUAGCGUUGGCUCCGAGGACCUCUACCGAAAAGACAUUUCGCCCCAGAAGCUCGCCGGUCAGAUUUACGAUGUACGAGGAAUGGUCCGCUCUUUGACUCGAAACGCAAAUAUCCCGGUUGGCCACACGGAUACUUGGACCGCUUGGGUUGAUGGUGCAAACGACGUGGUCACUAGAGCUUCUGAUGUUGUAAUCACCAACGGAUUCCCUUACUGGCAGGGUGUCCCCAUCAGAGAUACUCUCAAGUCCAAAACUUUCCAAUGGUCAUACUGGGAUACCAAGCGCCGCGUGGAACAGAUCAAUCCUAAAGCUUUGGUUUGGGUUGGAGAGACAGGGUGGCCCACUGGAGGUCCCAACUAUCCUAACCCAGCCGGCGGUGGUGCAGCACCAGCAACCACCAACUUGAGGAACUACUACAAUGAAGUUGGCUGUUGGUUGUGGGCCAAGCCAGAUGUCAGUGCCUUCUGGUUCACAGCCUUCGAUGCCCCCAAAGCGAACCCCGAGGUUGAGAAAUGGUUUGGAAUAGCAGAUUCGAACCGCAAGCUCAAGUUCGCAUUGCCAUGUUAG